AUGAUCUCGCAACUACUACGGUGCAUGCAAAACUUGGCGAGGAGAAAGUUACUGUAUAAAACGAUGCAGCUACUGUGGCUAGACCACUUGCCGUCACCGGCACGAGCAGUCCUUGCCGCCGCUGACACAGAAGACAUUGAUAAAUUGGCCUACAUCGCUGAAGAAAUUUUGGAAAACACUAAACCUGAUCAGUUGCGGAUAGCCCAAGUGUCAACGAGUAGCACGGAUAAACUACUG